AUGUUGUCGUCUCAAGUUCUUCCAAUUCAGCGUACAACUAAUACUUCAACACCUAAUUGUAAUAAUCCGAAUGAUACUUGGUUUGAUCCAUUUAAUUUUGCACCUGGUCAAGAUCAAAAUAUUCGAUGGCUUAAUCGUCCAAAUCAACAACUUUUACAUGCAAAAUAUUCUCAUGAUUUCGAAAAAUUUCAUAUUAAAUUCGAUGCUGAAAAUUUUCAACCAGAUCAAAUUAAAAUUUAUAUUCAAAAUCAUCAAUUAACGAUCACAGGUGUUUAUGAAGAACAUAGUGAAGGUCGUCAUAUGCAAAAACAAUUUGAAAAAUCAUUUGAUAUACCACAUAAUGCCGAUGUUGAACUUAUGGCAUGUUAUAUAACACCUGCUCAUAUGUUAGUUGCUGAUAUUCCUCUUAAUCAAAAUUUUCAUGAACAAUUAGCACAAACUGAUUAUUUAAAAGUCAAUAAUAAUAUGAAUGAUAGUCGUCGAUUAUCAUUUUCAUUAAAUAAAUUCAAUACAUUAAAUGAGCAAGGUUUAUUAUCAUCAUCAUCAUCGCCAAAUAAUUUAUCACCUUUACCACCAUCAGGUCAACAAGUUAGACGUACAUCAAUUACAAAGACCACAACAACAACAACUGGAACAACAGGUUUACCACCAGAAGCAACCGAAUUACUUCGUAGUGCGCAAACAACAAAUGGUGGUACACAUUCAUAUAGUACACAUGUAACUGAACGUCGUGGAUCAAAUAUAAAUAAUCAACAGAUACAUAUAAAUGAACCUAGUCCAUCAACAAUAACAAAAGCAGAUAAUCAAACAACAUCAAGUUCAAUAUUAACAAGUGCGGAUUUAGCAAAUUUACCAAUUGAAAUUCCACCAGAACUUUUAGCUACAGGUGGUACAAUAACAAUUCAAAAACGAAGAGUUUCCGUUAUAAAAACAGUUGAGCCAGCUACACAUUCAACAUUAUCUACAACUACAAAUACUAUAACAGAAUCACAACAAUCGACUACUAGUAGUGACCGACAUCAUUCGAAAUCUACUGGACCUGGUAAUCGUCGACGUACACUUACACUUGAAGAAUUUCUUCAAAAUAGAACUUGGAAUCCAACCAUUAUUGAUGGUUCACAUGGAAAGAAAAUACUUUCCAUGUGUUUACAAAUGAGACCAGGUACAACACCUGAAUCUAUAAGAGUUACACUUAAUGGAUAUGAUUUACGUAUUGAACUCGAUAAUAAAUUAGCAACAGAUAGUGGUCGAUUGAUGAAUCAACAUAGUUAUCGUCAAAUAACACUUUUUCAUACAUGCCAAGUUGAACAAUUAACAACUGAACUUAAAGAUGAUGGUUUUCUUUAUAUUCAUGUACCUAUUAAAUUGUAA